AGUUAAAAAAGUUUGACCAAUAAAAAUUCUAAAAUGAAAUAUAUUUCGAGACGAAGAAAAUAUUGUAUUAAAGAUAUCCCGCCAAAAAAAAUACCGCAAUGGGCCACGCUUUUCCAGUACCCCUCCUCUCGUUCCGUUCCCCUCCCGGCCCGUGCAGCCUUCACAGCCUUCUCCUCCCGUUCCCCUCCCGUCAUCCCGUGCCUCUCUCUCUCUCUCUCUCGGCCCCUCUUUCCUGGCGGCGACGACUGGGCGAGCGGCGCCGCCCUUCGCCGGAUCUUCGUCGGACCCUUCGCCGGCGAUGAGCAUCCAUCAGGUUUGCCCAGGCUUCAUAUUUGUCCUUUAUCUGCUACUGAGCAGAUGUGAAGGAUUGAUGCUCCCGUGGAAGAUCCAACAAGGCUAUAAAUUGGUUUAAUCACUACCUUUCUUGAUUCUCGUAUGCUCAGCGAUGCCCCUCCACGCUAAGGAGUCACUUAGAAAGAUGUAUUCAGGUGCAAAGAGCUACUGUGGAGGACUAGUGCCAUCACAUUCAUUUUCAGUUUCUUAUCUUAGUCAUUCUCUGAGAUCCUCAAACAAAGCUUCCAGACAUGCUGUUCCAUUCAAGGCUCGUUCGUUUACGCAAUGUUCGUCUGGGGGCAGUUCUGCUGAUCAAGAGAUUGUUAUCGCUAUGGGAAGCAAUGUGGGGGAUAGAGUCAGUACAUUUGACAGGGCAUUGCAGCUGAUGAAAAGCACAUGCGUGAACAUCACUAGGCAUGCCUGCCUCUAUGAGACUGCCCCUGCUUAUGUGACCGAUCAGCCGCGGUUUCUUAACUCUGCCAUUCGGGGCACAACUAGGCUGGGACCUCACGAGUUGCUUAAGAGACUAAAGGAAAUCGAGAAGGAUAUAGGGCGCACUGGUGGAAUAAGGUAUGGCCCAAGACCAAUCGACUUAGACAUACUUCUAUAUGGUAACUCCAAGAUCAAUAGUGAGACUCUAAUUGUGCCGCAUGAACGCAUCCAUGAGAGGCCAUUUGUUUUAGCACCUCUUGUUGACCUCCUAGGUACAUCCACUGAUGAUGGUAUCGAAACAAGUUGGCACUCUCUCUCAAAGUGCAGUGGCGGGUUCUUUGAAUUAUGGAAUAAACUUGGGGGUGAAUCUAUGAUUGGAACAGAAGGUAUUAAAAGGGUAUUACCUAUUGGGAAUUGUCUGUUGGAUUGGUGUGAGAGAACCCUUGUCAUGGGGGUCCUUAAUCUGACACCAGAUAGCUUUAGUGAUGGAGGUAAAUUUCAACAAGUGGAAGCUGCCAUUUCUCAGGCCAAGUUAUUAAUCUCAGAAGGCGCAGAUAUCAUUGAUAUUGGUGCUCAAUCUACCAGGCCCUUUGCAAAGAGAUUAUCUCCAAACGAAGAGCUUGAGAGGUUGGUUCCUGUACUACAUGAGAUCACAAAAGUUCCCGAGAUGGAGGGCAAGUUGCUCUCAGUGGAUACAUUCUAUGCGGAAGUUGCCACUGAAGCUGUGAAAAGAGGAGUUCACAUGAUCAACGAUGUAUCCGGUGGACAGCUUGACCCAAGAAUUCUUAGAGUGGCAGCUGAACUGGGAGUUCCAUAUGUUACAAUGCACAUGAGGGGAGAUCCAUCAACUAUGCAGAGUGAGCAGAAUUUACAGUAUGGUGAUGUCUGCAAGGAAGUUGCUUCUGAGCUAUAUACACAGGUGAGAGAAGCAGAAUUAUCUGGGAUUCCGUUGUGGAGGAUAGUUCUUGAUCCUGGCAUUGGGUUCUCCAAGAAAUCCGGACAUAACCUUGAAGUAAUUAUGGGCUUGGAAUCCAUUAGGAGGGAAAUGGGUAAAAUGAGUAUAGGUGCUUCACAUGUGCCAUUAUUACUGGGACUCUCAAGGAAAAGAUUUUUGGGUGAAAUAUGCAAUCGUGCCAAUCCAGUUGAGAGAGAUGUUGCUACUGUUGCAGCUGUGACAGCUGGGAUUUUGAACGGAGCUAACAUAGUAAGGGUCCAUAAUGUUGGAUAUGGUGCAGAUGCUGCAAAGGUUUGUGAUGCAUUGCGUGAGGGCAGAAGAUGAUGGGAAAACUGAACUACCUGAUCAAAUAGAUACCAAACUCCAGUUUUGUACAAGAAAAUGGUGAUGUAGGAUAGCUACUCUGCUGCUAAAUGGGAUUAUCAUAUUACACCAUGGGUGGAUUAUCAUUGUUAUAAUAAACCAGGGAUGUUGUUUUGUCUUGUGUCAUCUCCUUUCUAAAAUCUUCAUUGAAGCAUGGAUUGAACUCAGAUGACUUGGAAAAGAGUAACCAAGGAACAAGGUUGCAAAAGCUGCUAGUAAGUUGCAGAUAGUUAUCCUUUUGGUCCUAUCUUAGAUAAUUUUUCAGGAACAUUUUUUUUCCAAUUUAACAACAUCAGAAGGAUUUUGACAUUUCAGAAUUUCAAAUUGUCGACAAGUAUGAUUUGUUUGUAUCUUUUCUACUUCAAAUACAUAUAUUGGAUAGAUUGGAGUUAUACCAGCUUCCCUGCUUCUCCCUGUAACUUCAUCAUUUGGACCUUUGUAUACCCAAUGAGGAAACGUCAUGUAUUGCAAGUGCCGUAUGACAUGCAAAGUCUCAAGGCUUGAUCUAUGAUUUACCUUGGUUCUGAGGGUUUUAUCAUCUAUUUAUGAAACCUACUUGUUUACUGAUAAAGAAUUGUCAGCACGUCUCAUAUAGAUUUGUUUUCGUUCUGAACUGCUGUUGAUUGUAUUUUUUUCUUUAAAGAAACUCCGUUGGUAUUUGGUGCCUCCUAGUCUUUGUUGUCUUUGUCCACUGCUGAAAUUUAAGAACUGAAACUGCCGGAUGAUUGAACCAUCACUAAGAUGGCUGUUGUCCAUGAUAUCAACUCAGUUUCUGAUGACUUCUUUCCUCUGUCUUUUAAUUUGGCUAGUUAGUGGAUUUUUCUAUAAAAUAUAUACUACAUUCACCCAAUUUUAUGCAACACAUUUGGGGAAAUACAAAAAGGAAAAAAAGAACGUUAAAGGAUGCCUGAUGAUGAGGCCUUAACAUAGCAAGUGCCGUAUGAUUCCUCGGCAAACGCCGAAGGGAGUGAUAUGACCAAUUGUCUCUGAGGGUAUAUCUCUGAUCUCAUAUGAAGUUACUUGUUUACCAUUUCUUUUUGUGACCCUGUUGUGUCAUGGCAUUCCAUUGCACUUGUUUCUCUUCGCACAAUUUGCAGGUCAAAGGUUUUGUUUUCGUUCCCUGAAGUGCAGUACUCAUCAGGAUGAACUGUCGGAAUUGAGUCGUAAUGUACAUUCCAAAUUCUUCAGGCCAGACAUGGAGAAGUGAAUUCACAUCAGACAACAAAGGACGAAUGUGGAAGUUGAGAUGGAACCGGCAACCAGCAUCCAAGAAUCUGAUUGUUCCUAUCUGACUUGUGUCGCAGUUUUGAUGAAGGCUCGCAAACGAAAGGGACAUAAAUCCUGAAUCAUUCCCUGAAUGAACUCUAAGUCCUUUCACGCUUUUGAAAUUAUGUUUUGGUGAUUAAUGUUAACAUGAUCAAUGAGACUAACAAGAUUUGCUAGUAUGCAAAUAUUUAUUCUUAUGUAUGUAGAAGAUGAACUUAGGGUUAUAAACAUCAUCAAGGUGAAAGAAGAGUUUCAUGAGGAUAUAAAAACAUAUUAUUUAGGCAAGUGAUUGUGGUGUUGAGAGCAUCACUUGUGUAUAUAUAUUUGUUUUUUCUUACCAUACUAAAAAGAGGAUUUGAGUUUAAUA